AGUUCAUCUCAUGGUCAAAAUCCUGCUGCUGCACAAGGCAGGCGGUGUUGUUGGAUUGACAGCGGGCGAUAAGCAGAGAGGUAAUGGACAAGUCUCUCAUGGACUAAUGUGGAGCGGGUUUAUUGUGUUCAUCUUAGGAAACACUUUAGGCAAAAACUAUCACUACAUAUACACAGUGGACAGGAUUGAAAAAUCAUUUGGCUUACAGUUCUCCGUCAGGAUGCGGCAGUGAGUAUGCUGCUGCCUGUGCUGUUGGGGCUGUUGGGUCUGUGGGACUGGGGCCUGGCGGAGGCCAAGGGAGAAGAUGUUGACCCCAGCACUAAUGACAACAAGACCUGGUGCUUCUCGGCCCGCAUCCGCAGCACCGUGCUGCAGGGGCUGCCCUUCGGAGGCGUGCCCACUGUCCUCGCCCUCGACUUCAUGUGUUUCCUGGUGCUGCUCUUUGUGUUCUCCAUCCUGAGGAAGCUGGCAUGGGACUAUGGUCGCCUGGCUCUGGUCACAGACGCAGACAGCAUGCGCUUCUCGGCUUGUCUGAGUGUGCCCUUUGCCCCACAGAGGCAGGACGCAUACAGGGAAAGUGUGGCCUCAGCCAUGCAGUCGCAGACGCCCGACCGCUACGAACGUCUUACCUCCAUCUCCAGCUCUGUGGACUAUGACCAGAGAGACAAUGGCUUCUGCUCCUGGUUGACAGCCAUUUUCAGGAUAAAGGAUGAUGAGAUCCGGGAGAAGUGUGGCGAGGACGCUGUGCACUACCUCUCCUUCCAGCGCCAUAUCAUCGGCCUGCUGGUGGUGGUGGGGGUGCUCUCCGUGGGCAUCGUGCUGCCCGUCAACUUCUCAGGAGACCUGAUGGAUGGUAAUGCGUACAGCUUUGGGAGAACCACUAUAGCCAACCUGAAGUCUGGAAAUAACCUGCUGUGGCUGCACACUACAUUUGCUUUCCUGUACCUGUUGCUGACGGUGUACAGCAUGAGGCGUCACACCUCCAAGAUGCACUACAAAGAGGAUGACCUGGUGAAACGCACUUUAUUUAUCAACGGCAUUUCAAAGUAUGCUGAGGAGAAGGCCAUAAAGGACCACUUUGAGCAGGCUUAUGAGAACUGUGUCGUGCUGGAGGCUCGUAUUUGUUACGAUGUGGCCAAACUGAUGUACCUGGACUCUGAAAGGAAGAAGACGGAGCGCAGUAAGAAGUUCUUCACAGACCUCCUGGUCAAAGAGCAAGUCCCCACCAUGAUCAACCCCAAGCCCUGUGGACACCUGUGCUGCUGUGUCAUCAAGGGCUGUGAGCAGGAGGAGGCAAUCGGUUACUACACUAAGCUGGAAUGCAAGCUGCGGGAGGAAUACAAGAAGGAGAGGGAGAAGGUCAACACCAAACCACUGGGCAUGGCCUUCGUCACCUUCCAGAAUGAAGCCAUGACCGCUGUUAUCCUGAAGGACUUCAACGCGUGCCAGUGCCAAGGCGGCUGCGGGUGCCAGCGUCAACCCAGAUCAUCCCAGUUCACUAACCUCCACCCGUACAACUGGACCGUCACCUACGCUCCUGACCCCCAGAAUGUGUACUGGGAGCACUUGUCAACGGGCGGCUUCACCUGGUGGGUGCGCUGCCUCAUCAUCAACUGCCUCCUCUUCCUCCUGCUCUUCUUUCUCACAACGCCCGCCAUCAUCAUCUCCACCAUGGACAAGUUCAACGUUACUAAGCCGGUGGAGUACCUAAACAAUCCCAUCGUCACCCAGUUCUUCCCCACCCUGCUGCUGUGGAGCUUCUCUUCCCUGCUCCCAACCAUUGUCUACUACUCCGCCUUCUUCGAGGCCCACUGGACACGUUCGGGGGAGAACAGGACCACCAUGCACAAGUGCUACACCUUCCUAAUCUUCAUGGUCCUGCUGCUGCCAUCUCUAGGACUGACCAGUUUGGAUCUUUUCUUCCGCUGGCUAUUUGACAAGAAGUUCCUUGACCAAGCGGCUGUCAGAUUUGAGUGUGUCUUCUUGCCAGACAACGGAGCGUUCUUUGUGAACUACGUCAUUGCGUCAGCGUUCAUCGGUAACGCCAUGGACUUACUGCGCAUCCCCGGUCUGCUCAUGUACAUGAUCCGGCUGUGUCUGGCACGCUCAGCAGCUGAGAGGAGGAAUGUCAAGAGGCAUCAAGCCUAUGAGUUCCAGUUCGGGGCGGCCUAUGCCUGGCUGAUGAACGUUUUCACCGUGGUCAUGACCUACAGUAUCACCUGCCCCAUCAUCGUGCCCUUCGGCCUGAUGUACAUGCUGCUGAAGCACCUGGUAGACCGGUACAACAUGUACUACGCUUACCUGCCCUCCAAACUGGACAAGAAGAUCCACUCGGGUGCCGUGAACCAAGUGGUGGCCGCGCCCAUCCUCUGCCUCUGCUGGCUGCUGUUCUUCUCUGUGAUGCGCAUAGGUUUACGGGCCCCCACCUCGAUGUUCACUUUCGUGGUCUUGAUCAUCACCAUUAUCGUGUGCCUCACCCACGUCGUCUUCGGCCAUUUUAAAUACCUCAGUGCUCAUAACUACAAGAUCGACGCCAGCACAGAUACAGAUGGAGUGGAGAACGGCCGCCCACCGCACGUCUCUGCGCCCUCCAAAGCAACGUACAUCGCCCAAGUGCUGCAGGAAUCAAACUUGGACGAGAUGGGCUCAGGCAGUGGCGACGACGACGGCCAGGGUUCCUCGCAGGACGAGGACAUGAUCAACCCGGUGGUCAAUGAGGGUGACUUCCAGUCCGGAGAGGACCGCCUCAUCGCCAACGAGGUCCGGCAGUAACCCUCUCGGGUAGAGGGCCGUGAGCAGGGUCUGGGGGCUCUGUCAGGGCUCCCCCAGGCUCUGCCAGUGAUGGAAAAAAACAAAACAAGACACAACAGCUCCUGCUCCUGCGGAUGCCCUCCUGCAACCGUCUGGGCUGGCAGACCAGGCGUCAGGGCACCGGGGCGCUCUCUCCAACCUGUCCGCACCCCUUCCUCUGAUGGUCAGCACUCCAGGGAGGUGCACUGACAUUGGCGCCUCCUUUUCUACUUGAUUUCGCUAAACCCCCACUCACUCAUGUUGUACACUACCUACUGACACACACUCACCCCCUACUCCCCUUGCCCCCCCCCAAGCAUACACCUACACAUACACCAAGAGCAGAACAGUGUCUGGGGACGGGCGCCAUGACGACAGAUUGACUGUGUUUGAGAUGCCACCUAUGGAUCCCCAGGCUGAGAAGAAACACACAAAAAAAAGAAAGAAAAGGCACCUUGGGAGUCUCCCUCCCUCGGGACUCUAAACCGCUAAAGUUCUCACACUUUCCUGUUCAUUCAUGCCUCUGAACUCCCUGAGAGAAAGCAACACUUUAUUCUUGUAUUCUUUUGUUAUUUUUAGUCAUUUAUCAAUAAUGUUCUCAAUUAUUUUCUCCAGAAUUCAUCAUUCAUUUCGGUCCUCUUGGUGUUAAAAGUGUUAUCAUCUGUUAUCUAGCCUAUAUCUAGGUUUUGUCCAAUUCUGUUACGACUUCAGAAAAGAUUGAUACUGUACAGAACACCUGGAGGGUGUACUAGCUGUAAAAAGUUCUGCUGACUUGGUUGUCAGAACCUUUGUCUACUAGUAACAAACCACUAAACUGCUGAUGGGGUCUGAUGACUGCUUUUGGCAUAUAGAGCGUGGGUCAAGUUAUCAUACCUCCAACUAUCCAUAGCCUAUAGAGUAGGUUUCUCUUGUAGCCACCCAUCUUCUGUGAAAGACUUGGGUGUCAGUCACCCACAUAUUUGCUCUAAUAAGGACUUCCUUAAGGGGUGGAAAUGCUUGCGAGGUUUGCUUUGGCGUUCGCACUGUAAAUACUCCCAAGACUUGGAUGUUCUUCCUAUCCAGAACCAAUUUCGGUCUGAUCGGGUUAGCUCUUGCUUACAAGUGGAAUGAAUAUGAGACCAGUGCAUGCUGUCUGGGGAAAAGGUUCCUCACGUUUGAGCUGCUUUGGAUUUCCGUGAGAAGUUGGAAUGAAACUGAUCAGAGUUUGAGCUCAUUGGAAAUGAUGUCUUCUGACAAAUGACAACAUCAACAUGCGCAGCAAAUGUAGGACUUAGGAAAUCUGUAUGUUUCCGCAGACAUUAAUUAAUUUUGUAACGAAUCAUGAUUUCACUAAUAUGCUUUCCUGACUAUUGUGGUUUUAUAACUUCACCUAAUCUAAACAGCUAGUUACUAAAUUUAGAAAUGUCCCACGUGGCGUCAUGUCAGUCUUGUUAAUCAAUGUUCGGAUGUACGCAUUCAGAUCCUCCAUAAACCUUUUGGUUGGCAGUCGCAAACCUUCGAAAUGAUUAAUUUCACUAGCAAUAUGCGUUUUUCCCUGCUGAAGUGCAAUUUUAGCCAUAUGCAGGCAUUCACUCUUGAUUUAGCUCCUUUGAAAAGGUAUUGAAAAGAAUGGAUCAUACCUAUGAUGGGCUCCAAAACUUUGUCAAGGUUGGCCCUUGUCUGCCUCUAUUGAUGUGAGGUCAUACAUGCACACCCUUAGUGAGAUCAUAAAGUGUGAUUGUUCCCAUAAUUUCCCCAAGUAAUUUGUUUGAAGCCCUCUUGCAGUGUAUCCACUGAGGUUUUGUUCUUGUUUUUUUUUUCUUCUCAUCAAGCCAUUUUCACAAUAAUUCUGUGUCGUCUCACCUUUUGUGAUCGUUGGCUUGUGGCCUGAUUAAUCUAGAUUUUAAUUAGAAGAUUGAAUGCUAAAGUAAUUAGCUAGAUUACUGUCAGCGUAGCCCGGUGAUGUGCAAGAUGAAUGUAUGAAUGCACUGAUGCCAUUCUAAGAGUAGAAUUGUUCCUCAUCACUACAUACUGUAUCUGAUUGUACAUGAACAUGGACAUCUGAUAGUUUUAAUAAUUUAUUAACAUCUCAGCAGUGGCAAAUAGUGUUACAAAAAAUUAGGAGUAAUCUGUUCCAUAUUUAUUGCUCUGUCUUUGUUUGUUUGUUUCAUCAUGAAGGCGGAUUUGCCGGGGAUUGGCCUGUGGUCAAUGGAGUUGUUAAAUUUGUGAAAUAUUUGUGUACAUAGAUUAACUGCACUGCUCUUCAACACUAUGCUUUGGUAUUUAUGACUACAUUUGUACAGUUGUAAGCAGUAAAAACAGUAUGUACAGUUUCCAUGAUCCUUGGUUUACUCUCUUUUCUGUGGUCACAUUUCUUUUCCACUCUCUCCAUAUGAAAUGUGUCACUGGAGGCAAUUUUUCAUCUUUAGGGGAUUUCCCUGUUUUUAAUAAUUUUUGUAAAUUAACUCCACUUUCUCUCCAAAAAAAAGACUAUAUUUGGCAGAAUCCACUGUCAAUCCCUUCCAAAUCUGAACAAUAAAAUGGCAUUUACUAAUGAACUGA